AUGGAUGACAAACACAAAAAACCCUUUGAUGAAAGGUCCGAGAAGGACGGUGUGACGAAGGAGUCCGUGAAGGACGGUGUGAUGACGGAGUCCGUGAAGGACGGAGGAAAUGCUGGGUCCGUUAAGGACGGUGAGGCGAUGGAGAUGAGAGGUCUAAUGAGCGCGGAAGAUGCGGCGGCGUUCAGCACGUUCGCUCGCGAACUGGAGUUGGCGGAGCGGGAACUGGCGUUGGGAUCGGAUUACCUCUCCAGUUCCUGCAUGUCUCUAGUCGAGGAUGAGGAUGCCAAGACGUCGUCCAUAGGUACUCGGAGGUCGUCGCGGCGGAAGAGACGUCGUACGGAUCCCAACUCAGGGUCGGAAUCCGAAUAUAGUGGGCGUUCUACUCCGGCCCCCAAAAGGGUUGGGCAGAGCCCCUCGGCAGCUGUGGAGGCCCGAACAUCAGGGUCAAAGGUAUCAAAUCCCUCCCAGGAGUUUGGCUACCGGUUCUACGAAGAUGAGAAGUUUAUUGAACCGGUAUCCCUGCCACCAAAGAGGAAGGGGGCUAUAUCCAAAGCCAUAACCACAGAUGGGAGUAAGGAGGCCAGGGCAGGCCUAAAACAAGUCGUCGUCAGCCAGGAGCGAUUAUGGGACUCAGAAAUCGAGCCCCCUCGCAGGAGUGAGCAAGGUGCACCCGCCCCAACAAGCGGUGCUGAGGCCAGCCAGGCUAUUAGGUCAGUCAGGAUGCAGGUCUACCAGCAUGCGGAGGAGAUCACCGAAGUCAUUCGGAGAUCAGCAAAUAUAAAAGGGACCUGCGUCAAAACGAUGAAAGAUGGGCUGGCCAGCAUCAAACGGCUGGUCGAUGCGCUAGAGGCGAGCUUAAUCCCGAGUUUUGCGUCGCCACUUUUGGCACAAAACAUUCGGCUAGAGCAGGAGGUGAAGUUUCUCAAGCGGGAGGUCGCUGAACUCCGUGCCGAGAAGAACAAAGCCGUAAGGGCGGCUAAGAAGGCGGAAGCUCCCGCCGCGAACACCGGAGAAGUUCAGGGACCGGUGGUGGGAUCUGAAAUGAAGGCCUGGAGGGCACAAAUUAUGAGGGACGUCGACGGCAUAGUCAAAAACCGCUUGUCGUCCUUCAUGUCGGAGAUGAGGGAGUAUCCCUUCCAACAUCCGGAGAUGGGGUCGGUUCCACCACCGGUCAUAAUGCAGGAGAAGAGCGGUCAGGCCGCUCCUGCCACUGCAGUUAGGGGUUCUGCCCCCAAUGCCCAAGCUGGCCCGAAAACCAAGGCCAAAGGACCAGGGCCAAAAAAGGCCCUCACUCAGGGAGAUCACCGUGGGCCCAGAGAGGAGGUGGCGCAGUCGGAACUUCCGACGACGUCAUGGGCCACGGUUGUAAAAGGUAAAAGGGGCAAACUAAGUAGUGUCCCCGAGGGGCUACCCGGUGAGCCGUGGAAGUCCCAAAAGCAGGCGUCUGGAAAGCAGCCGAAUAAAAGAUCGGCACCGGCCCCUUCCAAAUUGCGGCCGCCUAGCUCUGCGGCAAUCAUCAUAACGAUGGACCCGCAGGCUGAGAAAGUGGGAGCGUCCUAUGCGAAUAUCCUCAGGGAGGCAAAAUCCAAGAUUGACUUGGGGCCCCUGGGGAUAGACGCUCUCCGGUUGCGAGUCGCCGUGACGGGUGGCCGCAUUCUGGAGAUCCCCGGCGUUGACAGCGGGGAAAAGGCGGAUGCCCUAGCGGCGAAGCUCCGGGAACUUGUCCCGGAGGAGGUGGCACGGGUCUCCAGGCCCACUAAACAGGCGGAAAUGCGUCUAAUGGGUCUGGACGACUCCGUUGGCGUUGAGGAGAUUGCCGCUGCCAUUGCUAGCGCCGGGGAUUGCCAGGUCCAGGACGUUAAGGUGGGGGACGUUCGCAGGAAUCCUACCGGUGCGGGGGCUUGCUGGGUCCGCGCCCCAAUACGUGCGGUGAAGGCCAUCACCACCGCGGCAAAACUUAAAGUUGGCUGGGUGAUUGUUCGGGCUGAAUUGCUCAGACAGAGACAGCUGCGAUGCUUCCGCUGUCUAGAAGAGGGUCAUGUGCGCGCCCAGUGCACCAAAGCGGAGGAUCGCAGCGGUCUCUGCUAUCGCUGUGGGGAGAGCGGCCACAAGGCGGCCUCAUGCGCGUCUGCGCCGCGGUGUGUGGUGUGUGCCUCUAAAGGCAGGCCGGCAGACCACUGGGUGGGAGCGAAGAACUGUUCCCCGCCCAAGGGUAAAGGUGUCGGCAAACGGUCGGGCCCCAAAGCCCCCAACCGUGAGAGCGGGCCGAGCAGGAUGGACUCCGCCCAAUAA